CUAGAACUCGCAUCUCUCUGAAUGGAAUCAAGGAAGGAAGGAAACCAGUCCGAGGAGCCGCUGUAAUCACAAUCCACCAUCGACCAUGAGCAGCAGACCCAGAAACUUCCGUCGCCGUGCCGAUGACGAUGACAACGACGAUACCAACGGCGACGGCCCUCCUUUAAUCAAACCUACCUCGAAACCCUCUACAACCACCGCUGCCGCCGCCAAACCGAAGAAGCCUCCGAAGCUCCUCAGCUUCGCCGACGACGAAGAAAAUGAAUCCCCAUCUCGUUCCUCCUCUCGCUCCACCCAACCCCCAUCUCGCCCAUCCAAGACAUCCUCUCGCUUCACCAAACUCUCCUCAUCGUCCUCCCACAAAAUCACCACCACCAAGGACCGCCUCACCCCCUCCUCCGCCUCUCUCCCCUCCAAUGUCCAACCCCAAGCCGGCACCUACACCAAAGAAGCCCUUCGUGAACUCCAAAAGAACACCAGAACCCUAGCCAGCUCUCGUCCCGCUUCCUCCGAACCCAAACCCUCACUCGAACCGGUCAUCGUCUUGAAAGGCCUUGUCAAACCCAUCUCGGCCGCCGAGGAUGCCGUGAUCGAGGAAGAAAAUGUUGAGGAGGAACCAGAAAGCAAAGACAAGGGAGGGAGGUCAUUUAAGAAGGAUACGGAGGAUACCGAAACCCGAUUAGCUUCGAUGGGAAUUGGGAAGGGUAGGGAUUCGAUUCCCGAUCAAGCUACAAUCAACGCUAUUCGAGCCAAGAGGGAGCGGCUCCGGCAGUCACGGGCGGCUGCUCCAGAUUAUAUCUCAUUGGAUGGAGGGAGUAAUCAUGGGGCGGCGGAGGGGUUGAGCGAUGAGGAGCCGGAGUUUCAGGGGCGAAUUGCGAUGUUUGGGGAGAAGCCUGAGAGUGGGAAAAAGGGCGUCUUUGAGGACGUGGACGAGAGGGGAAUGGAAGGGGGGUUUAAGAAGGAUGCACAUGAUAGUGAUGACGAGGAAGAGGAGAAAAUUUGGGAAGAAGAGCAAUUCAGGAAGGGGUUGGGGAAGAGGAUGGAUGAUGGGUCUAGUAGGGUGGUGAGUAGUAGUGUGCCUGUGGUUCAGAAAGUUCAGCAACAAAAGUUCAUGUAUUCUUCUGUAACUGCAUAUACCUCAGUGCCAGGUGUAUCUGCUCCUUUAAACAUAGGGGGUGCGGUUGGGCCACUGCCUGGUUUCGAUGCAAUGUCGUUAUCUCAGCAGGCUGAGCUUGCUAAUAAAGCGUUGCAUGAGAACUUGAGGAGGCUUAAGGAAUCUCAUGGCAGAACCAUGUCAUCACUGACUAGAACUGAUGAAAAUUUGUCUUCCUCACUGUCGAAUAUCACUACUCUUGAGAAGUCUCUUACUGCUGCCGGUGAGAAGUUCAUCUUUAUGCAAAAGCUUCGUGACUUUGUUUCUGUUAUAUGUGACUUUUUGCAGCAUAAAGCUCCUUUUAUUGAGGAACUUGAAGAGCAGAUGCAGAAGCUUCAUGAAGAGCGUGCAUCAGCUAUCUUAGAAAGGAGAGCUGCUGAUAAUGAUGAGAUGAUGGAAAUACAAGCAUCUGUUGAUGCUGCAAUGUCAGUUUUCACUAAAAGUGGUUCUAAUGAGGCAAUGGUUGCUGCUGCCAGAACUGCAGCUCAGGCUGCAUCUGCUGCCAUGAGAGAACAAACAAAUCUACCAGUGAAGCUAGAUGAAUAUGGUAGAGACAUAAACCUGCAAAAAUGCAUGGAUAAGAAUAGGAGAUCUGAGGCUCGACAACGUAAGAGAGAUAGAUGGGAUGCUAAAAGAAUGACAUUCUUAGAGAAUGAAAGUUCCCAUCAGAAAAUAGAAGGAGAAUCAAGCACUGAUGAGAGUGAUAGUGAGACUACAGCAUACCAGUCAAACCGUGAUUUGUUGCUUCAGACUGCUGAACAAAUUUUCGGUGAUGCAGCCGAGGAAUAUUCUCAACUUUCAGCCGUGAAAGAAAGAAUUGAAAGAUGGAAGAAACAGUACUCGUCAAGCUACCGAGAUGCUUAUAUGUCUCUAAGUGUACCUGCUAUCUUCUCUCCAUAUGUGAGAUUGGAGCUCCUAAAAUGGGACCCACUUUAUGAAGAAGCAGAUUUUGAUGAUAUGAAAUGGCACUCAUUGCUUUUCAAUUAUGGUUUGUCUGAAGAUGGAAAUGAUUUCAGCCCUGAUGAUGCUGAUGCUAACCUUGUUCCUGAACUGGUGGAAAGGGUUGCACUUCCCAUUUUGCAUCAUGAACUUGCUCACUGCUGGGAUAUUUUCAGUACCAGAGAGACAAAGAAUGCUGUUUCUGCAACAAACUUGGUUAUUAGGUACAUCCCAGCUUCCAGCGAGGCUCUAGGGGAAUUAUUAGCUGUCGUCCACAAGCGUCUUUACAAGGCUGUCACUAAUUUUAUGGUACCACCAUGGAACAUACUUGUAAUGAAGGCUGUGCCAAAUGCAGCACGAGUUGCGGCAUAUAGGUUUGGCAUGUCUAUUCGUUUGAUGAGGAACAUCUGCUCGUGGAAAGAUAUCCUUGCAUUGCCAGUUUUGGAGAAGCUUGUUCUUGAUCAGCUUUUGAGUGGACAAGUUCUUCCUCAUGUUGAAAACAUUGCAUCUGAUGUUCAUGAUGCAAUCACAAGAACAGAAAGGAUCAUCUCUUCUUUAUCUGGGGUGUGGGCAGGCCCAAGUGUCACAGGGGAGCGCAGCAACAAGUUGCAACCUCUGGUGGAUUAUGUUCUGAGACUUGGGAAGAGGCUGGAGAAAAGGCACUCGCCAGGCGUGACUGAGAGUGACACUAGCAGACUUGCCCGUCGAUUAAAAAGGAUGUUGGUUGAGCUCAAUGAGUAUGACAAGGCCAGGGAUAUAUCUAGAACUUUCCAUCUCAAAGAGGCACUCUAAAAUAAGAGAUGUUGGAGAGCUUAAUGAAUAGGAAAAUGGCAUGGGAAGAUCCAAAACCUCUCGUCUCCAGCAGGUGCUGCCAAAGGAAAGAUGUUGGUUCAGCUGGCCAGAUAUGUUAGUCUCCAUUAUGGGAGGAUAAUUUUUUACCCACUAGAAUCCAAUGAGGAUAAUUUCUUGAGGAUGUGUCACUCACCAAUGCCGUGCUGCAACAUAGUUCACUUCCCUGCCAACUUCCCCCCAUCAAAAGAGGGGAUUUGUUUUUUUUUUUUCUCAAAAUUAAUUUUGUUCUAAGCUGCAUGUCAUACUUAGAUGCAGUAUCUAAAGUUGUCUAGGUGGUACACGGAUGGAUGCUUAGGCAACUCUUUAAGUUCGUGACAUGUAGCUUCAAAUGGAUCUAAAUUUAAUCUUGUAAAAUUUUUGUUUGAGCGGUCAAUGUUUCUUUUGAUAGUUGAAAGUUUCAACCGUGUAACUAAGUAAAGAUGCAUCAGUGCCUUCUGAAAUCAAAAUUUUCUUGAUUAAACAUGUAU